AACCGUCACGUCUGAAUUGGAUCACAUUUUUCCUCCUUUUGCCGCUUCCUCUCUCUCAUUAUUAUUCCUUUCUUUUGACUGCUUCACUCUUUCUCUUCCCGCUCUCUCCCGAUUUUUCUAUAUCCUUCUUCUCUUCAUUCCUGCCUUACAUCCCUUCCAAACAAACCCUUUUUCUCCUCCUCUCUCCUUCUCCAUUACCCUUUGAAGCUCAACUUCUUGAUCUUAUUUGCAGAUUUUCAGAUUCCCAAACAAUCUUUGAUCAUGUCAAUAUCUACAUCAUCUGGAUCAUCUUCUAGUGCUGCUGCCAUUGAAGACGAUUUCGAGGAUGCUUGUAGUAUCUGCCUUGAACCUUUUUCCAUACAUGAUCCUGCUUCUGUGACAACCUGCAAACAUGAAUAUCACCUACAUUGUAUUCUUGAAUGGUCACAGAGAAGUAAAGAAUGUCCAAUUUGUGGGCAGUCUCUUGCAUUGCAGGAUCCGUCAAGCCAAGAGCUUUUAGCUGCUGCUGAGGAUGAAAGGAGUUCUAGGACAAAGCACAUGUCAACCAAUAGAACAACUUAUCCACACCAAUAUCAAGAGUCUGGUCCUGGUUAUGGGUCUCAUUGGAUCGAUGACUCUGAUUUUAAUGAGCGAAUGAUGCAACAUUUGGCUACUAUGAUGAGCCGGGCUCGACAAGCCCGCAGAAAUGGGAGAUCUUCAAGGCAAAGUCCUUCCCCGGAGUACAUGUGUCCAUCUCGUGUAACAAAGUCAACUAUGCAUCCAAAUACUCCUGAAGAUGGUGAUUCUCCUUAUGGUUCAUCUGGAGGCAGCUCGCCUAUCCCUAGUAGCACCCGGACCCCUGUAUCAACUAGCCCGUCUCUCAUCAAUUUGUCUCCAACCUCUAACCAAAUAGGAGCUAUUCAUGAACCUUCUAGCCAAUCGUCUGACUCUAGUCAGAGACCUAAAUCGUCGGAGCUGCUUGCUUUUUCAGAAUCUAUUAAAUCCAAAUUUUCUGCCGCUUCAGCUAGAUACAAGGAUUCAAUUUCAAAAGGUACACAAGGUUUUAGGGAAAAGCUGCUUGCACAAAAUAGUUCUGUUAAGGAACUGAGUAAAGGAGUUCAGCGAGAGAUGUCUGCCAGUAUAGCUGGUGUUGCACGAUUGAUAGAACGCCUUGACCUCAAAUCUAAACGGAGCACACAUCCUGGAAAAGUUCUUAGUCAUGGUAGGGAGGCCUCAGAUUUCUUCUCUAAGGGAAAAGGGGUGCUGGAUCAUAUUUUAGCAAGUUCUCAAGAGAACCAUGUAGCAACGGGACUAGAUUUAGAUUUGCACGAAAAUUCUCAGGCUACAAGCUCUAUCUCGACUCAUAAUGAUCUUUCCUGCGCAAAGGAGAUAAAUUAACAUUGGAAUAUGGCUUUAUUGGAUGUAUUGAGGUGCUGUUAGAAAUGUUAAAGAAAACCUAUUUUCCGUUGCAAGAGACGUCCGCUAAGGAGGCCAAUCUAGCCUUGUUGGUUCCAACGUCCUGCAGGUGGUAAUCUAUCUUACUUCUAAAGGAAAACUUUUUGUGAGUUGCAGUCGAGAUUAUCUGUAUAUACAUGAGAUUGAUGGAAUUUUUAAGUGGUGACUUUAAUUUGGUUUCAUGUCAUGAUGGUUGCAGUUGUAAGAUGCCAUUUUUUAUCUACUCAUGAAAAACAUACAUUUUCAAGCUGCA